CAUUGAUCCAGUCAGACUAGCGUAUAUACUUGAGCAUUGAUCGACCUACAUUUCUUGAUGCUGGGAUCUAUUAGGAUUAAUAACUCAUAACUAUUGAAAUAGAAAUGAGCGAAAGAAAGCCCCUCAUUGAUGAAAAGUUUGUCGUUAAAUUCCAACACUUUUUCCAGAGAACAUGGAGGCAAAACGAGCAAUUGAUUCAAUCUACGAAAUAUAACCGGUGCAAGCGAUGCAGUGUAUUGCUUUUAAACAUAGACUCUUUACUGGAAACUGAAACAAUAUCACUCAAGGCCUUGGAGAGACAGUACAAGAUUUGCAAAAAUAAAUGUCGAAAGCGGGGAAUAAAAACGAAAAGACAAAAUGUUAAGCAUUCACCAGCAUCAAGGCCAGGAAGCAAAGGCACUACGUCAUCGGGGGUCGAAGUGUCCGCGGUGGUGAUUAAACAAGAACCACUGUCUCCGUUAUCUAGUCCCCACGAAACUGUAAAUGUAGCCACGGGGGCUUUAUCUGAAUUACCUGGCAGCGAUGGAACCACAGAUCCACCUAGUGACAAACAGCAUCCCCAUGAAAACCCUGUGGUAGAAUUCAAGGUAGAGUUAGUAGAUCCAGCGUACGAAGAACAUGCGAGCAAAAGAACGAGCGUGAACAAGGAGGGCACAGACACGAAGAUACGGGGGGUAAAUAAAGAGUUCCGAAUAAAAGCACAACCGCCAUGUACGGCGACAAACGAUGUCUUUGACACAAAGGCAACGGACUUGUUGCGACAAGCAAUAGCAAAAACGGCCAUUGUAGAGCCAACAGUUUUUACAAGACAUUUUAGUACUAAUACAGUCACAGCAUCAACUCCCGUGCUGCAGAACGUUCAAUCAAAUAUGCAAACUUCUGUUACCUCAUCAGUGACGUCUGUUUCUACUCAAUCUUCCACCUGGAAUGGAAAAAACUUGCCCAGUUUGAAAAAUGUAAAUGCUAGUAAGCCAGUUAAACAAGCUAAGAAAUCUUCCAAAGAAACGACCAAGAUUCCUAUUUCCAAAAUCUCGACUCCGUCAACGACAUCAUCGCCAUCCGUUGCCUCAGUAUCUUCAAAAGAGAUGAGCAUCCUUCAAUUAAUGAACGGACAGUUGGUUUUAGUACCGACAGACACCAUGAAGAACCUUUGUACUAAGUUCCCGUCACUUAUGACCCCGACAGAUGCUUCCCAAAACCUUGUUAACUUACCUUCAGUUGUUCCGUCAUCAGGGGUUGCUGGUACUCUGCCCAUCAUUUCUACCGUACCCCAACCGACGUUAUCAAUCCUCCCUCCAACUGGUCCAAACUUAAUCACACCGCCAGUAGCUCCCCAGUUACUUAACAUACCUGGACAAACUAACUCAAAUCUACAAAGCUUUGGUAAUCAACUUGUAAUGAUGCCACAAACAGGUAACACUAAUCCAACAUUGCUCCUGCAACCCGGUGGUAACCAGCCCACUAAUCUGUUUACCAUGCCAAAUCUUCCUUCUGUUCAAACGCCAAAUGUCCCUGUCGUACAGCAGAUUGCAGCACCAUUCAUUCCUGCGUUGCCUACAAUGCAGCCUUCAAAUGAAAAUAAAAAAUCAGAAAAUUUAUCAGACACAAAAGCUGUGACCAAGACAUCAUUUUUACGAUUAGCCGAUGGACAGUUGGUCCCCAUUGUUUCCAAUCCAUCCAGUUUUUCUCAGACUAUGUCCACAUCAUCGUCAGUGAUGUCCAAAGACAUUCCGAAAUUAUCUUUAGCUCCUAAUAUUGCUUCAGCAAUUCCUUGUAUUGCACAAUCGAAUGGAAGUCCACAAUUACAGUAUCUUGUACCAGCAGUGCCGAUUCCGGAAAAAUCCUCGCCUAACGUAAUGCAGUCUAUCCCUCCAACUACUAUUAAUCCAUCUAUGAAUGAAAAAACGACACAAGGCACGACUCAGUUUAUACAGUUCUCUGACGGUACACUUAUCCCUAUUGCCAGCACGACAGGGCAAAAUCAACUUCCUUUUCAGAACAAUCUUCUUGUCGGUUCCGCCAAUGAAAAAUCAAAUAAGAAAAGUUUGACAGAGAAACAAAACCAUGUUCCUAGUCCAAUUCCUGUAACUGUAAGUGAUCUUUUAAAGAACAGACCUAAUCCCAGUAAUGUCCCACAACAGAUACAGUCACAAAACCUACCGAACAAUGGGAUUUCUACGUUUUUCGUUAUGGAUGGAUGUAUCAAUAAUUCAUCUGGAGCAAAUUUCCAAUUCCACAACAGUGUUUAUAUACCGACGUCUAAAGAAUCGGAUGUGAAAACCCCCGACACCGCCGCUAAGAAACAACAACCAGUAAUUCUCCAGUCCAACAGGCCGAAGCAGUGGUCAGAGAAUGUGGGAUACAAUCGACCAACCCAGUCAAGGUAUACCAAAAAAUUGAAUAAUAUCAUUAAUACUGGUGCUCCAAAGAUUAAAAUCGCCCCUAACGUACUUCCUGUGGCUAACCCCCCUCAGAGCAGUAAGUCAACGGGAAGAGGAAAUUCUCAACGGGCACCUUGUAAACCGUCCAAGAGAAAGCCGGUUAAUGUAGUCAGGGAGGAGUUUGAUGUUAACAGUAAGAAAAGACCCAGAACUUACUUUACCCAAGAAGUCAUUGAUGUGGACGAAGAGCCGGACACUCCACCACUGGACGAGGAUGGGCGACCUAAAUUUAUGUUUAUGAGGAAUGUGAAACAACCAGACUAUCGGCCUGUGCUUCUUGAUUCUACGAUAGAGGAAAAGGGGUUACGUAUUCCUGACAAUAUGCUUCUCUGAGAUCGGUUUGGUGGCUAUUAAGAUCCAACAUGCACGCCCAGUGCUAAAAAACGUUUUUUAAACGUCCUUUUUCAUCAUUUUGAAUACAUGGAUAGUGAACAAUUUAAGUUGAUUUAAACUUAUUACAUCGUUGUAGUUUUUUCUUGCAUCAAUUUCAAUUAAUUAUAGUCUGUGAAGUAUUUUAUUUUUUUUUAUAAUAUUCAUAAUACUUUUGUAGUAUUUUGAGAAAAUUUGUGUUCACUGUAGUGCUUAGAGAAGCAGUUUGAGUUACCGGGUAUUUUGCUAAUUUUAUAUAUCUUAUGCCUUAUUUGAUGAUUUUCUUUUAUGGUUGUUAAUAUUGUCAUUUUUUAUAAGAUGUCAAAAUCUAUUGCUACAAAAAAGGCGCCUACAUUAUAGUGCUUAAAAUUUUCAACAUCUGAUUGAAAUUAUAACAAAAUUAUAA